AUGCCAAAAGUUGCUUUUAUUCAUCCGGAUUUAGGAAUCGGAGGUGCCGAAAGACUUAUAGUCGAUGCAGCUUUGGCUUUAAAAUCAAAAGGACAUGAUGUCACUCUCUUUACAUCCCAUUGUGAUCCCAAACACUGUUUUGAAGAAGUUAAAGAUUUAGAUGUCGAGGUUUAUGGUGAUUUUUUGCCAACGAGUUUCUUGAAUAAGUUUUACAUUGUCUUUGCAUUCUUAAGACAGUUGUAUUUGUCCAUCAAAUUGAUCAUUACCCUGCAAUUCUACCAAUACGAUAUAAUUAUCUUAGAUCAACUAUCGUACUGUAUACCACUACUUCAAAUUUUCUCUUGGAACACUAAGAUUUUAUUCUACUGCCAUUUCCCUGACAAACUGUUGGCUUCUCAUAAAUCCUUGAUUAGAAAAAUCUAUCGGUUAUUGUUUGAUAUAGUUGAAGAUAUAUCGACUUCUUAUGCUGACGAAGUUGUUGUGAAUUCCAAGUUUACAAAAUCAGUUGUGCAAAGAGAAUUCAAAUUAGUAUCAGGUGAACUAAAGGUUGUUUAUCCGUGUGUAGAAACCGAUACUCGGGUAUUUGCUCCCUCCAAGAAUGCACUUUCAUUUGUUGACAAAACAUUAGGAGAUAGAUCGUUUUUUCUUUCAAUUAAUCGUUUCGAAAGGAAAAAGAAUAUUAAAUUAGCUCUCCAAGCAUUUGCAAAAUAUCUAGAAGAAUCAAAGGAUAAGAAACAAGUUCUAAUUAUUGCCGGCGGUUUCGAUAAUCGUGUAACAGAAAAUGUCGAAUACUUCAACGAAUUAUCUCAGUUGUGUGAUUCAGCUGGCUUUGAGUAUGUAGAAAUAAUACAAUCAGAGCCACCUUCAACUAUCGCAGUCACUACAAACGUUAUAUUUAUUAAGAAUCUCGCUACAGAUCUGAAAAAUGCCUUUAUUUCUAAAUGUGACGCAUUGUUAUAUACCCCAACCAAUGAACAUUUUGGAAUUGUUCCCCUAGAGGCAAUGAGACUGGGUAAGCUAGUUGUUGCAGAUAAAUCAGGAGGGCCGCUAGAAACAAUUGUUGACUAUGCGAAAUCUGAGGAGUUCACUGGGUUCACUGUAGAAUCCGAAACCAACAAAUGGGAAAAAACGCUGGAACUCAUUAAAACAUUUACAAAUGAGCAAAGCGAGGAUAUUUCCAAGCGUGCCAUAAAGAGAGUAGAUGAGAUGUUUUCCUUCAAUGCUAUGCAAACGCAAUUGGAUACUAUUGUUACUCAGUUGGUGAAAAAGCAAACUUCGCAUAAAUUAGCCCAUGUUGUAGUUCCCUUGAUAUCAUUAGUGUUUGCAUGGUUUGCAUCUAAAGCUGUAAAAACAUAA